CUCCACCAGCCGGGCUGUAUGCGCUCCUGCAGCGCCUUUGUGCAGUGGGACACCCGCUCUGUGGUUUUGGACGUUGCAACAGAGUGCCUGCUAGCAGUAAUUCAUAAGGGAGCACUGAUUGUAGGCAGUGUGUAGGAGGAAAGGCAAGAUUGCAUCUUCAGAGAAGUUAUUAAAUACUUGGACAGCAGUGAAUGAGAGGCUGCUGUGCGUUGGUCUUGGGGCCUCUCCUGCAAUCUGAUCCUUGUGGGUGGAUCCUACACGUAUGCAUGGCCACAGAUAUGGCUAUACACACCUUUCUGCUGGUGACCUCCUUCGAGAUGAGCGAAAAAGGCCAGGCUCACAGUAUGGAGAACUCAUUGAGAACUAUAUUAAGGAGGGUGAAAUUGUGCCAGUUGAAAUAACAAUCAGCUUGUUGAAGAGGGCUAUGGAUCAAACAAUGGCUGCCAAUUCCCAAAAGAACAAGUUCUUGAUUGAUGGGUUUCCCAGAAAUGAAGAUAAUCUUCAAGGCUGGAAUAAGACCAUGGAUGGAAAGGCGGAUGUUUCUUUUGUUCUCUUUUUUGACUGUGACAAUGAGAUAUGUAUUGGCCGCUGUCUUGAAAGAGGGAAAAGCAGUGGUAGGAGUGAUGAUAAUCGAGAGAGUCUGGAAAAGAGAAUUCAUACAUAUCUGCAGUCUACUAAGCCUAUAAUAGACUUAUACGAGAGAAUGGGAAAAGUAAGAAAAGUGGAUGCAUCUAAAUCUGUUGAUGAGGUGUUUGAAAAAGUCAUACAAAUUUUUGACAAAGAAGGCUAGUUCCCAGCUUGAAAGUUCACCUUAAACUUGUGCUUGAAUCUUGCUUGAUAGCUGCUACUGCAGUCCACUCUUUGUAAUUGUUUUAAAGGUUCUUUUAUUAUUUUUCACGUAUUCAGUGAUGAUUGGAAAAGCAGUUAAUUACAAAUGGAUUUGUUUUUCUAAAUAGGAAAUUAUUUCUUAUGGCUAUAGUGGACAAAUUUAAGGGUUCUCCAUUAAUGUUAGUUCAAUUACUCACACAACAAAAACACAGUCAAAACAUCUCUCUGAAGAGACUAGUUAUCCUGUCACAGUUCCGUGCCUUUCAUGGGCAGCCCUUAUUCCUUUUGCCAUACGCUUAUAUUUUUAAGAAUCGGAUAAACCGCAGCAUUAAGCAAUGAAGGAUCUGUGUGUCUUUUUUUUUUUUUUUUUAAUGUUUGGACCAAAUUUAGGAGACAUUAUUUUUUCCAAGAAUAAUUUUGCCACUCAUUUCUCAGUUACCUCCAGACAUGAGUUCUGUGAAUCAAACUACAUUUAGUAUGAGAAUCUAUUCUAGCAGUUGUCAUAAAACUAUUUAAUAUGCUGUUCAGCAAUAGGCAUAUAAAGUAUUUCAUAGAAAGUGGUGCUUUCUUAUAAUUCUGGGUUUAAACUGCCUUGUAAGUUCUUGAGUACCCAGAUAACAUGGCCCUGGCCUUUUCCUUGUCUUUGUUUGCAAAAGCUUAAGAAUAUUGUUUCAAAGUCAGAUCAGUGUCUCUGUACUCAUUUGGGAUGAUGGUUACACUCUUAAUUAUCGUAUGGUCUUUACAAGGUGGAACAACUCUUAAAUAUUGUGUAAUAAAUAAUCUUAUAAUAGUUGUCUUUUGUUACCAGUGGAAGGGAUUUUCUGUAUUAUUAUUGAAAUACUGUGUUACUGACUACUUUAAAGUUUAUUACCCGAAGAAAUAUUUCUAUGGUUAAACUUGUGAAUUUAUUUCCCUAAAAUUGUAUUAUUUUAAUAGUUGUUUGUUUGAAAGGAUAUUGUAAAUUAUUGCACUUUGGUUAAGGAUAUAGUUAGCUGGGGGGAAGAUAUCUGCAUUUAAAAAAAAAAAGUUCAAUUUCCAUAAACAGAUCAGGUCCUUCUUUACUGCAUUCUCUUGAAUAAGGGAAGUACAGUCAGCAUAACUAAUAGUUGGGAUAAGCAGGUAACUAGUUGAAAAGAAGCAUUUUUUUAAAUGCUUGCACAGCUGUGGAAUAAUUCUGCUUUCUGUUUAAAGUGACUCUUUUUCCCCAUACAGCUUCAAUACGCAAAGGUCUAUGGGGGCCAAAUCAUGCAUUCCUUGCAUUCCCUAAGUUAAGUUUUCACUGAAGUAAACCCCAGAAUGUUUGAAGAUGGCUAUUUUAACUAAUUUUAAUGGUAGGGUUGUUACUGCUACAUUAACUGACGCUGUAAUUGAUUUGUGAUAUGCUAAUAGACGUAAAUUACAGGGAAAUGCAAUUUGGAAAUCUUGAGAUUCAACUUUUCUUUAAAAUCCUAUUUAGAGAAAGUCAGCUUGAAUUAAGUCUAACUUCUGAUUGCAAUCAGGCAUAUUGGUCCUCAUCCUGCAAUCCCAUCCACAUAGGCAAAUUUAUAUUUGCAUGGCUUCUCAUUUCACUGAGGUUCUUAGGAUUGUUGGACUGGGAAGGAGAGAUGGAUACAGAAGCAAAGAGAUUAUGACCAUAUUUUUUUCCAGUACAGCAGUGGUACAAACAAUGUACUGAGCACAAAUACCACAUUUACUACUACACAAAAUAUGGACCAUCACUGCUUUUGUGAGUUUGGGAGGCUAAUGCUUUCGCUUUAUGAAUUUCCCCUUAAGAAUCACGGAAUUUAAUUCCAGUUGUAUAAGUAUACUGACAUAGGAUAGGAUCCAGUGAAACUACAUUUUUGAUAUAAUGGUUAAAAUCAGAAUUUUUGUGGAAAAGCUUGAAACUGGAUUCUCUGCUCAGAGAGAGAUUUUCUUUUAUUUCUAAGAUACUGGAUUUUUUACAAGUUUUGCUCAGAAUAUAUUAUCUGUUUUAUCAUCAUAUACUUUUCUGUGUAUUUAAGUGCUGAAACCAAAAAAAGAAAAGAAAAUAGAGCAAGCUUUUGGAAAAAGUUUUUGGCAAUAUUGAAUUUGGAGUGGAUUGUACUGUGUCUGUGCGAAGACUAGAUUUUUUUGUCAUUUUAUUUAUUGAAGAUGCCAUUAAGUGUAUUGCCAAUUUUUUCAAGUUGGACUUAAUGAUUGAAAUGAAGAUUAAAGGUAAUACACCAACAUGUUGUGCCCGUUUUGCAGCAAAACUGUACAAAGAAUUUGAAUAUCCAAUAAAUUGUUUUGUGGCUUAA